AUGGCCCGGUUCUUCAUCCUCACGGCAGUCCUCGCACUGGUCUCCCUCGUCCACGCCCAAUGUGGCGCCGGUACUCCAGAUGCUAGGGUGACUGGCUCAGGCAGUUCGUUCACUGCUACCAGGGGCUCAAGCACCGUCUACACAGGUUCAGACUACCGUGCUGCCAUCCAAGCCGCAAUCGACUCCAUAAGCAGCGGACAACGCGUUUCAGUCAUCGCCUCGGGCUCCAUCGGUGCGAACACCAUUACGAUCGGGAGCGGCAAGACCUUCGAGGGCUGUGGUACUAUCAAUGUCGGCAAUAGGAGUGGGCGCGGUGCUAUCGAGUCGCUGAAUACCGUCGGCACCAAGAUUCCUUACCUAACGAUGACUGGAAACCCAUACUUUGGACUGCGAUUCUACGGCACACGGGACUUGGUACUGGGUCAAAUCACCAUGAACCUCAGCGGUGGACUGGGCAUUCGAUUCGACCGCGACCAAGCAGCGAACUCCAACGUGAAGAUGGACACCAUCCGCGUGACUGGUGCUGGUAGCCACGCGGUCGAGACCUGGAACAUAGAUGGUCUUACCAUCAACCAAGUUAUCGCCCGAAACGUCGGGGAGUCUGGUCUGCUGCUCCAAGCCACCACGAACGCGCAGGUGAACCUAGUCGAUGGCGACAACGUGGGUGCAGGAACCGGUUACGGCACUCUCCGCUUUGCCAACCGCAACGGCCGCAACGCAAACGGAAACUACAACACCAACGUCUAUGUCACCAAGGUCGUCUCCCGUGGUGGUGGCCGCGGUGUCUUCUGCGUCUCCGAGUCUGGAGGUGCUGUCAUCGAGAGUGUCGAUCUCGCGAAUAACGGCAACAAUGCUAUUCUCAUCGAGAACUGCUACAAUCUCUCGAUUCGCGGCGGUACCGUCAAUGGAGGUGGCGAGGUCCGUGUCUCGGCUCGCACGGAGUUCGCCAACACCCGGGACCUCUGGAUCACGUUGCGGGUGGACGGCACCACUGUUCGCGAGUCUCCAUGCGCUGACAACUCCAACUGGACACUUACGGGCAACGGCGCUAGGAACAUUUGUUAA